UUGAAGAAUCAAUGGGUAUAUAUCAUUAAUUCAUAAGUCCAAAAAUGUAUUCCAGCAUUACCUUACACUGCUAGAAAUAUUUGUAUUUACAUAAUAACAAUGAUAACACAACUACUAUUGCUUGUGGGAGCUAUGAGCAUCUGAGCAGCAGCCCUAUCAGCUGACAUUUGACCCGAGCCACCGUGCCUUAGCCCUUAGCGGGGAGCAAAAUCCAAAUGGCUGAAGAUCACAAAGUCUUGGUAGUAAGAAACAUUGGUUUGAGGGAUAUAAAAAGGAAUGAAGGUGAAACACAUCUCAGACUCAUUUACCUUUAAACUUUUAGCAAAAGUUAUUUUGUUUAAUUUUAAAUGGGUAGCCUAAGUUGACUGAACUCCAUCUGCAAGAUUCAGUGCAUUAAGGUAUAUAUUUGUUUUAUACAUCUUUCUGGGUAUUGAUCAUUGAUCUUCUGGGAACAGAUCUGUGUAAUAGGUGAUUAGUAAAGUCGUUUUACUGUACUUAUCUUCAAUAGAGACCCUGUAAUGUACUUUGAGACAGAAAGCCUUUAGCCUUCCUAAACUGCAUCUUCUUAUUUCUCAGAGGAAAUGAGAGAGUUAUUGGGCCAAUACAUCUCAGACACCCUCCGCUAUGUCCACACAGUGAAGGAAUUCUGUGACAGGCAUCCAAGGUGGAUUCUGCAGAGAAAGGAGGAACAAUCCAAGAUGAAGAACAUCAAGGAAAUGGCAGACAGAAUCGAUCUUAAAUUUGGCCGAGUCUUGAAUGCAGAAGACAAGACAAAGGCAUUAGGAGAGUUCACGAAAGACUAUCUGACCCAGGUGACUGCAAACCGUAGGCUUAAGAAGCUGGAGAAGGAGCUGGAAGCUGUACUGAAGGACACUCUCAAUGGGCUGGAGGAGCUGGACUGCUUCAUGGAUGCUGUGGAGAGGCUGGUGGUCACCUCUCUGUUUGUAUUUGCUGAUGAAAACCGGCUGUGUCCUCUGCCUCCGGGGAGGGAACCAGCAAGUGUCCGAGCUGUCAUCACCUCCGCUAGAAUGACCUGUCCUCUCCUCAUCCACUUUAAGAGGGACGCUUCAGCCUUCUUUUCCCCAUGCCUCCUUAAUGUAGAGGUGCUGCACGUGUACAUGGAAAAUUACAUACACAUCUCUGAGCAGCUGUGUGAGAGAAUGGGAUUGGGAAAAACAAAAACAUUUUGCCGAGAGAAGAAUGACAACUUGAUGAUUGACACCAGCACUGAAGUGAAUGAAAAGUCCAUGCAGACCAUGUUUAACCAUUUGCGCCAUUUGAGUGAUAUCAGGAUGAACCAGCACCUCAGACUGACGUUCCUGUUCCAGGAGUCUGCCCUGCACUUCAUUGGUCUGUUCAGUCAGUGCCACUCCAGAAUGCUGGACUGUCUAAAAGAGCUGGAAAGGAGAGCUGGCAAACUAAAUAAGAUGAAGAAAGGGGGUUAUAUCUCCAGUGUGGUAGGCAGUGCAGUGGGGGCAACAGGAGGGGCUCUGACCAUCGCAGGCCUUUGUCUUGCCCCUGUUACUGCUGGCCUGUCACUGGGGCUCACCAUCGCAGGGAUUGGAAUGGGUGUGACCAGUGGGGUCAACAGUCUAACCACCGGUGUAACAAAGGUGGCAUUUAAAAGCUACCAAAACAAGAAAGCCAAUAGAGUCUUUCAAUGUUUCAUGGAGGACAUGCAAAGACUCCAUGGUAGUCUGGAGAAGGUGGCCAGCAACAUUUGCCCUUUGGAGCCGAAGGUGGUGGCAUUAGUGGUUGGGAAGAAUAUAGGCAAAGGUGGUGCGAGUUUAGGAAAGAAGAUCAAUGCCAUAGUAAAAAAUACCUCUGCAAUAGAGGCCUUAAUGGGAAAAGGCGUGGUCAUGGGUGCAGGCAAGGUGGGACUCCAAGAGGGCAAAACAUUUGCUGCAGAUUUAUCUGACAUUGGGAUGUUGGCACAAGGCACUCCACUCGCCCUCUCUAGGACAUUAAGGCAAUGCGCCGUGGCCUCAAAUGCCCUAUUCAUUGGCCUGGACAUCGUCACUAUCUGUAAAGACAGUGUCAGCCUCGCCAAAGGCAGCAAGAGCAAAAGAUCCCAGCUCAUCCGAGCCAGAGCAGCACUGUGGCGCACAGAGAUUGACUCAUGUCAGAGGAUCCAUGACUCACUGUGCCGAGGCAUCUGGAGGUUCAGUAAGAGUCAGCGAAUCCUGGAGAAACCAUUUUACCUUGUGAAGGAGUUAGAAAGUCUAGAGCCGCUUGUGGAGAUGGGACUCAUGGAGCAGCCUGCGAAGGAGAUGGAAACUCUUGGGCAGCCUGAGGAUGAUAUAGAAACUCUGGUGCAGCCUAUGGAGGAGACGAGACUCCUGGGGCAGCCUAUGGAGGAGAGAGAAAAAGGUUUUUGCGACUGGAUGUGGCAUUCGGGCAUGAUGUUGUUGCUGUUGCUGUUAGCAUAUGUAUGGGCUGAGAACAUUUAUAAGUAGAAAUGGAGAAUAUCAAGAAGUCAACACACCUGCCGUUUGGACUGCAUUGUUUCCUGUGCAUCACUUCCUGUACGACUUAAUUGCUUAACAUGUAGAUUUGAAAUGAUUACUGUGCAUGGUUUUAAAGUUACCUGGUCUUAAGAACAGAUUUUUUAAAUGAAAUGUAUUUAAGAUUAUUACAUUUUUUAUUCAAACUACCCCUUUAUAUGGUCGGUGUUCAUGUUGUGGAAUAGUCAGAUCUAAAUAUAUUAUAUAGAACAAACAUACCUCUCUGACAUGUAAAAUAAAGAAUCACUAUCUUUCUGCAACAUUACUAGUUGUACCAACUGAACGUAGCUGUUCUACGUCAGAUUCUAGAACUUUUCACUGUACAUUGAUAUAGUGUAACAAUUUUUUUAAGUUUCAAAAGAGUUUAAUCCACAUUAUAUUGUUGAGAAAAUCUAAUAGGCCUACAUAGUUAUUUCAGCAUGGUUUUUCAACUUCUGAAUUGUAUAGGCAUGUACUGCCCUCUAGUGUUUUCUACUCAUGUGACAUGUCUUGCUGUUAUUGAUUGCUACUCUAGCAAUGUUUAAAUAUCCAUACAGAGUUCAAUUACAGAACUCCAGAGAUUACGUUUUCAGAAACACCUCAUGCUUACAACAGACUACUGUAGCCAUACAACUAUUUUGAUUCUUAAUUUGGCAGAUUAACUUGUGCAGAAAUCAAUUAACCACAUAGGCAAUGAAAAUGACACCAUAAAGAUCUAAGUGCUUUUGGCCAACAUUGUGAUCUACACUCAACGGACAGUUUAUUAAGUACACCCAUCAUUGUGCGUUCCAAGAUGCCGAUCUUCACUCCACUGCACCGUUAUUUGCCUGUUUGUGGCCUGCCUGUUAGCUUUAACGAUUCUUGCCAUUCUCCUUCGACCUCUCUCAUCAACAAGCUGUUU